AUGUGCCCGGAGGAGGGCGGCGCGGCCGGGCUGGGCGAGCUCCGUUCCUGGUGGGAAGUCCCGGCCAUCGCACACUUCUGUUCGCUCUUUCGCACUGCGUUCCGCCUGCCCGACUUUGAGAUCGAGGAGUUAGAGGCAGCCCUUCACAGAGAUGACGUGGAGUUUAUCAGUGACCUGAUUGCCUGUCUGCUUCAGGGCUGCUAUCAACGCAGGGAUAUCACGCCUCAGACAUUCCACAGCUACCUGGAGGACAUCAUCAACUACCGAUGGGAGCUCGAAGAAGGGAAACCCAAUCCUCUGAGAGAAGCCAGUUUCCAGGACUUGCCUCUUCGCACCCGUGUGGAGAUCCUGCACCGGCUCUGUGAUUAUCGGCUAGAUGCAGAUGAUGUCUUUGACCUCCUCAAGGGCCUGGAUGCAGACAGUCUCCGUGUGGAACCUCUGGGGGAAGACAAUUCUGGGGCCCUCUACUGGUAUUUUUAUGGAACACGAAUGUACAAAGAGGACCCAGUACAAGGGAAGUCCAAUGGCGAACUCUCCUUGAGCAGGGAAAGUGAAGGACAAAAAAAUGUCUCAAGUGUUCCUGGAAAAACAGGAAAAAGAAGAGGAAGGCCCCCCAAACGCAAGAAACUGCAGGAGGAGAUUAUUGCAAGUGAAAAGCAGGAAGAAAACUCCUUGGUGUCUGAGUCACAGACCAGAAAUGGAUCUCAAGGACCAGGCCAAGGCACUUGGUGGCUCCUGUGCCAAACAGAAGAGGAGUGGAGACAGGUCACCGAGAGUUUUCGAGAGAGGACCUCCCUUCGAGAGCGGCAGCUCUAUAAGCUUCUCAGUGAGGACUUCCUGCCUGAGAUCUGCAACAUGAUCGCCCAGAAGGAGACUCCUGUGCUCACCAGAAUUGAAAAACAGAAGCGCAAGGAGGAAGAGGAAGAACGGCAGAUUCUCCUUGCAGUGCAGAAAAAGGAACAGGAGCAGAUGUUGAAAGAGGAAAGGAAGCGGGAAUUGGAGGAGAAGGUCAAGGCAGUGGAAGAUCGAGCCAAGAGGAGAAAACUCAGGGAAGAAAGGGCAUGGCUGCUGGCUCAAGGCAAGGAGCUACCCCCAGAACUUUCCCAUCUGGACCCUAAUUCUCCCAUGAGGGAAGGAAAAAAGACAAAGGAUCUCUUUGAGUUGGAUGAUGACUUCACUGCCAUGUAUAAAGUUCUAGAUGUGGUAAAGGCUCACAAGGAUUCCUGGCCAUUUUUGGAACCCGUGGAUGAAUCUUAUGCUCCUAAUUAUUAUCAGAUUAUAAAGAUCCCCAUGGAUAUUUCAAGCAUGGAGAAGAAAUUGAAUGGAGGUUUAUACUGUACCAAGGAUGAAUUUGUAAAUGACAUGAAGACAAUGUUCAGGAAUUGUCGAAAAUAUAAUGGGGAGAAUAGUGAGUAUACCAAGAUGUCUGAUAAUUUAGAGAGAUGUUUCCAUCGGGCAAUGAUGAAACAUUUUCCUGGAGAAGAUGGAGACACGGAUGAAGAAUUUUGGAUCCGAGAGGAUGAAAAGCGGGAGAAGAGACGGAGUCGGUCUGGUCGUAAUAGUGGAAGCCAUAUUUGGACCCGCUCUAGGGACUCUGAAGGGCCCAGCAGGAAGCAGCAGCCCAUGGAAAAUGGAGGAAAAUCAUUGCCCCCUGCCCGCCGAGCUUCUUCUUCAGGGGAUGAUCAGAGCAGCAGUUCUACUCAGCCCCCUCGAGAAGUGGGCACUUCAAAUGGCCGAGGUUUUUCCCGCCCUCUGCACUGUGGUGGAAUGCCCAGCCAGGCACCUCUUUUAAACCAAAUGAGGCCAGCAGUACCAGGAGCAUUUGGCCCUCUUCAAGGAUCAGAGCCCAACACCUUCUAUGGUCCCUCUCGAGUCCCAGAAGCACACCCAGGAGAGCCCAUGCAGCAGCAUCAGGCUUUUUCCAUGCAGCCUCCAGUUGGAAUUAGUAACCACCGAGGACCCCAGCUUGGCACUCCAGAAGAUAAGCAGAUGUGUGGGGGGCUAACACACCUUUCUAACAUGGGAUCACAUCCCGCCUCCUUGCAGCUUGGACAGAUGAGUGGCCCUGGUCAGGAUGGAAACAUGUAUCCCCCAGCUUCAUUCCAGCCAGGAUUUAUUCCUCCCAGGCAUGGUGGGGCUCCAACCCGACCAGCAGACUUUGCUGAGAGUUCAGAAAUUCCUCCCAGUCACAUGUAUCGAUCCUACAAGUACCUGAAUCGCAUACACUCUACCGUCUGGAAUGGGAACCAUGGUACUACAAAUCCAGGACCUUUGGGGCCAGAUGAGAAGCCCCACCUCGGGCCAGGACCCGCUCACCAGCCUCACGCUCUUGGUCACAUGAUGGAUUCCCGAGUAAUGAGACCAUCUAUACCCCAAAACCAGUGGACUAAGCAAUCAAGCUUUCUACCUCAUGGUGUUCCUUCUUCAGGAUAUAUGCGACCACCUUGUAAGUCCACUGGUCAUAGGUUGCAGCCACCUCCAACCCCAGCACCAAGUUCUCUAUUUGGAGGGCCCUCCCAGACCCUGCGUGGGAUGCAAGGAGGGGACUCUAUGAUGGACAGCCCUGAGAUGAUCGCCAUGCAGCAGCUGUCCUCCCGUGUCUGCCCACCAGGUGUGCCUUACAACCCCUGUCAGCCCACUCCCUCCCAAGUACCUGGCCCUUUUCCACAGGUAGCUCAUUCAGCAUCAGUAAGCUUGUCAGCCCCCAAACCUGCCUUGGGCAACCCUGGGAGGAUACAGGAUAACAAUGAAACACAAAAGCCUGAGAAUGACCAAGGAGAAGCUUUGCCUGGACUUGAAGAGAAACCAGCAAGCGUUGGUGCUUCAGAGGGGGUAUACCUCAAACAGCUACCUCAACCUACACCUCCCCUGCAGGCCGACUGCACCAGGCAGAGCUCACCAAGAGAAAGGGAAACAGAGGCCACAGAGCUCAAAAAUGACACAUUGGAAUCUGCAGACAACUGUAAAACAGCAAAGGGCAAGAAUACCUGGACCUCAGACAGCAGCUAUACCAGCCCAGCUGCCCAAGGCUGUAUGAGAGACCUCUCCACAAUGGCCGACAGAGGCGUUCUUCCUGAAAAUGGAGUCAUUGGUGAAGCAUCUCCUUGUGGAUCAGAGGGGAAGGGCCUUGGUGGCAAUGGUUCAGAAAAACCACUCUGCCCCAGAGGCAAAACAUUGCAGGAGACCAUGCCCUGCACAGGACAGAAUGCAACUACACCUCCAUGUGCAGACCCCAGUUUAAUGACAAGCCCUGUAAGCCAGUUUUCUCCCUUGUACAUGCCUGGCCUAGAAUACUCUAAUUCAGCUGCACAUUACCACAUCAGUCCAAGCCUGCAAGCCUUGGGCCCUAUGAUGGGGGGGAAAUCCUCGGUAUCGCAUCCUCAGCAUUUCUCUCCCAGGGCCUUUCAGUCUAACAAUCCUCACCCUGGGAUCUUUCCCCGAUAUCGCCCUCCCCAGGGAAUGAGGUAUUCCUACCAACCACCACCUCCACAGCCUUCCUACCAUCAUUACCAGCGAACUCCUUAUUACACUUGUCCACAGGGCUUUUCUGAUUGGCAGAGACCUCUCCACCCUCAGGGAAACCCAGGUGGCCCCCCAGCAAGUCAUGCCCCUCACCCGCGGCCCCUUUUCUCAGAUAAAAAUUCCAUGGCUAAUCUGCAAAGCUGUGAGACACUGAGUGCUGCCUUAACUUCCCCAACUCGAAUGGAUGCAGUGGCUGCUAAAGUUGUCCCACCUGACAGACAGAAUCCUGGUCCAGAGGAAGAAAAGCUUGAUGAAUCUAUGGAGAGGCCAGAGAGUCCCAAAGAGUUUUUAGAUCUGGACAACCAUAAUGCAGCUACCAAGCUACAGAGUUCUUUGUCAGCCAACGAAUAUAUUUAUGGAACUCCUCCUACACCUCUGAGUUCAGGGAUGGGAUUUGGUUCACCUCCUUUCCCACCUCAUGGUGUGAUGCUACAAACGGGGCCUUCUUAUACACCACAGCGGCCAACCAGUCAUUUUCAACCCAGGCCAUAUUCUCCUGUGGGUGCUCACCCACCCCACCAUCCAGGGCCUGCCCAGCCUAAUGGCCUCUCUCAAGAGGGUUCUCUCUAUCGCUGCCAGGAAGAGGGCCUGGGCCACUUUCAAGCAGUAAUGAUGGAACAGAUUGGCACUGGAAGUGGAAUAAGAGGAUCCUUCCAGGAAAUGUACAGACCAUCAGGAAUGCACAUACAUCCAAUCCAGUCGCAGUCCUCAUUCCCAAAGACGCCAGCACCAGCAGCAUCACCAGAACAGCUGCCACCACAUAAGCCCCCAACACUUCCUCUGGAUCAGAGCUAGUCCUAGGAGGAAAUUGCCCCCAAGGAAGUGAAAAGCUGCACAUGAAGACAGAACAUGGAGGAUUUGGGGAAAUGAUCCUUGCCCAUCUCUAUCCCAGUCACCCUGCUGUGCCCCUUCACAGUGAAUUACACCUUGCCACCAAGAGCUGGAGCCAUUCCUGGGCCUUAGAAGCAUACUCACUCCAUAGACGACUGACACAGAGCUUGCAGAGGUGCUGGGUCAGGGAUCACUUGCACAGCUGACUGACAGUCAGGAAGAUCAAGUGAACCUGGAGUUCAUGCUGACUUCUCCAAAUUCUGAGACUGUCCUUCAGGGAAAAUCACUUUAAACUUGGGUGGGGGGCAUACAAAAUAACAGAGUGGUGCUUUUAAACUUUCGUGAGCAGCUAAUCUCAGGUAUAUAUUGAGGAAGGGACUACUUGUAGUAUUAAUGUUUUCAGAGCUGGGUCCAGUUUACACAAUUUUCAUGUUGCCUUUUAAAAUAAUUUUUG